CAUGACACAGCAGCCAGCGCCCGGGACCCUGCCUAACACUCUCCCAGGACCCAGCAAAGCAAAGGUCCCUGCCAAAUCCCCGUAUGGUGCAAGCAGUUGUGCCAGUGCACCAGCGCUCACAACACGAUCACCAGCAGCCUCACAUCCACCACUGAAAGCAAAGAGAGGAGCCAUCACGGUGAGUGCUGGGGUCACGAGAGAGAGGCACAUCGCUACUGUAACACGCCCUGGGCCACGGCUGGAACGCCCCAACCCGUCCGUGCUGGUGACAGUGCGGGUAAAGAAGUCGGGGUUGAAAGUUCUGGACCCUGAGAAAGUGAAGACUUUGACGUCAGCAGCUCGGUCUCCUGUGUCAGGAGGCCCGAGCCGGAAUUCACUUCAUCAUCAGACAAGUGUUCACAAGCAGUCACCUCAGAGCCGCCGGCAGGCCGGGAUUACCAGAUCUCCAGUGAAACAGGCAACACCUGCAAGAAUGAGAACAGAGAUUGCUGCUAGACGCAGCCAGUCGGUCCGGCAGACGAUGACCGGAUGGAGUGAAGACGCUGCAAGCCAGCUAUUGACCCAGCAACUUGAUGGACUGGCUCUGAGGGACCAGGAUCGUGCUGGUUCCACAUGUGACAAAUGCAGAGAGGUAGAAAUUCUGCCCCAGGCCUCAUUCCAAGCUGCCGUCAUCCAGACUAAGGACAGUACAUCAGUUGGGGCUGACGCUCAUUCCCUAGAGGAACCCAGCGAACGUGACCCACAGAAUCCUACAGGCUUACUGACCCCCCAAACUACGCCUGCCAAUAACAUAGAACCAGACGCGGCCCUCAGCAGCGGAGACAUUGCAGAGGUGGAUUGUGGCUCUACCUGUGAGCAGACUGGCACGGCCCAAGAGCCGCCUGCAGGUGAGGACAUGAAGUCACAAACGGAACCCUCGCCAUGCCAUAGCAGAGACAUCCAAACACCAGAGACAGCAUCUCCUGGCAUUUCUCCAUCCAGCAGCAGCGACACUAAAGCUGCAGGUGCUUUACAUUGUCCUUCUUCAGGACCAGAGCCAGCUACAGAAACUCAGUGUCAAGCAGAGAAGGCUACAUCAACCCACAGUCAUUCCAUUAACGAAACUGGCUCAGUGAGCAAGGAUUCUAAGUCACUGUCAGCAGAAUUGGAUUUAACUGAAAAUAACAACAUGAGCCUGGGCCAAAGUUCAAACCCAGCGGGAAUGUCCGUAUUCAAUAACCAGGCCGAAACAAGCCCACGUGCCUGGUCGGGGAGCAGUGAGGUUAUAAGGCAAAGUCAGGGGGUUCUUAUACUAACCAGAAGUACGAAUGAAAACGCAAUCUUUAUUCCCAAACUUAAAUUUGCGUUCACCCCUGACAACAGCAUAGACUGGACUGCGCUGCGCCCGCCAGCUGUGAAAAGCGAAGGAGAUCAAACAAAAAUGGAUGACGCCCGGAAUAUGAAACCAUGUACCCCUUGGGGACCUUCCUUUAGUAAGAGUGUCCUGAAGAAGUCCUCUACACUCCCGGGCCAUGGGCCUAGGUCAGGAGACCUCCCAGAAUCCUCUGGUGCUGGAGACGUUACAAGGAACCGUACAUAUCCUCCCUCUGCCAUCGUGGAUCUGUCCAUUUCAUUUCAGGGCAAAUUUGAGAACCAGGAAAUCCCAAAUGACAUUCCCAAAUUAUUACUGGCAGCGGAUAAUGACGAGGAGGACUAGGACCACGUACUGUACAGUCUUCUAGCAGCAGGCGCUCGCUCCAGAGCUACUUACUAGGGGCUGCUAGGUGGCCGUUUGGUGGGGAAGAGAGGCCACCGUCUACACCAUGGGACACGUCCUGUGGUAAGUACGAAGAGAUCCAUAUUACGUACCAAGCAUUGCACUCUGAUCUACCGUACGUGUACUGGACAGUAAAACAUGCAGUGUUUCCUA